CGAGUCACCAUCGUCGUCAACCGCCCAGCCCUCUCGUCUUCUCGCCAGAGACCGUCCUCCCAGCAAUUCCUCUUCAGUCGCAGCCAUCAACCAGCAGCGGCCAUGCUUCCGGAGCUAACACUGUUUCGAUGCCCUUCGUCAGGCGCCAUGUCUACCGACGCCUGAAAGCCGCCAAACAAGAGUGCGACAAGGAACUUCAGCGUGUCACCAACUCUAUCACCGCAUUCUUCGAGGAGCGCCUACGAGACAACGAUCACGAGCAAGACUUCGAGCGCGAGCAGCGCGAGAGUAACAGGGAGCGCGAUCGCGAGUCUCGUGCGAGAGACGUCGAGCCGUUGCGGGAGCCCUUUAUCCUACAGCCGGCUGCUCUUCAUUCAGCGUUGCAGUUUGAUGAAGUCAGCUCAGAUGGUGGUUAUGAAGCUGAACCUGAAGGAAGCACGAGCCGGGGCCGACAGCCUUCCAUUUCGUCUGUGUACGGCCCUGCGUCACACAGUCCAGCUUCACUUCGCCGGCAACCAACCCUCCCUCGCGAGAACAAGUCCAGUACAAAUCUGGUCUCUUCAGUAGGUUCCGCCAGCCCCGCAACAAGUGCAACUCCUCCACCAGAAGUUGCCGUGAGCCCCCGUAAACGCGACAACACCACUUCUUCUAGUGGGCAAUGGGCCAGCCAAAGUCUCGCGUCUCGCCGAUUAUCCAGAACCAUCCACAUCCCCGUUGUGCCAUCCCGCUCAGGUGCCAGUUCGAGGUCCACUUCGCGCUCGCGGUCACCACUACCUCGACCAGGUUUCGACGGUAAUCGGCGAUCUUCUCGCAUACUCGUGGACGAACCCGGUGACCCUAUCAUGACCACACUCUACGACAUCAUCAGCGUUGCUACGGACGUUGUGGAGAUGUCUAUCAGUCAGCUCACUGCGGAUCCCAAGAUAUGUGAACGGCUAGUGACGCGCGUCCAGAACAUCGGCAAGGUGUGGGACGAACACCCGGACUGGCACGGUCGGAAUUGGUACGUUCAAGUGCUCUUGGCCAUCGCUAGUCUUAGCCGUGUGGUCGAGUGGUGGGAAGCUGAGAAGCAGUUCUGGAAUUUCGAUGACAACGAUGAUGAACAGGAAGAGCCUCUCCUUUUCGUCACAAAGCCUCCAGAUGAAAACGUCGCUGCAGCUGCUGUGCCAUCUACCCCAUCUCUGAAACACGAAGUCUCCGAGAGCGGGAGCGCCCUUCGGGUCGGUUCCGAGGAAGAGUCCAGACUGCGCAUGUCCCGAACGACCAGCGCCGGGCGACGUUCACGGGAAGACGCUACCAAGAACUUGAUGCUGACUCCUUCCAAAGAUCACAAGGACGCAGACCAGUCAGGUUCCAAGUUCGACAACAGCGAGUCUGCUCGUGUGCUUGCUACAGAGCGACUUCGGCUGCAAGCCGAGACUGCUCAGAACCAGAAUAUCGUUAUCGAACUUACCCUAGAUGGCGAUCACUUGAUCUGGAUGAACUAUGCCUGGCGCAACGUCAUUGGUGGAGAGCCGGAGGAGCUUGUUCAGACACGAAUAUCUAGGCUCCUCGCUGCGUCUGAUUGGCAUGUCUUCCGGGAUGCGACGAGGCGACUCAUGGAGGACGACUCCCAUACUGUUGAAGUGCGCUUCAGGAUCCGGCUUCUCGACCAAGACGCAAAUCGCGACCCUUCUGCUGUUGCUCUCUAUCGACAGAUGGAGGGUAAGGGUAUGCUCAUGAUCGACCGAGAGGAUGGUCAGCCGACGCAUACUAUGUGGGUCGUCAAACCCAUAUCGCCUCCCGAAUACCUUCAGACUCCUCCGUCUAUCCUUCUGGAGCAUGGAGAGAUUGGCGAAGAGCCCAGGACGCCGGAGCCGCCUCCACAGGUAGGCUUUGGCGACCGCGUUCCCACAGAACCUGUCACACCUUUCCCCUUCGCACGGCCCAUCAGCACUGCUCUCAUCCUUUGUCGAAUAUGCGAGUGUAACAUCCCGCAGUGGUAUUUCGAGAAACACAACGAGACGUGCAGCGAGGUGCAUCGCCUGGAAGCGGAGAUCUACGAGUGUAACGAGAGUAUUGGCGAGUUGCGGAACACCCUUCGAGAGCUGCAAACCGCCAUGGAUCGUUCUUCACCCAUGACUAUCCCGGAGUAUCGCGGCAUGCCCAUUUUUUCCCCGUCGUCGAGCCCUGGUUCCAGCUCCCCUCUGGCCCUCCUUCGCGCCCCAUUGAAGAUGAGGCGCAUCAGCGUCAAGAAGAUGCAGCGCCAGAUCUUGGAGCAGCUCGAGGAUAUCCUUCAGCUUGCGGCAGAGAUAAAGGUGCCCGCUCUUCGCGAGGAGGAAGCGCAGGAGCCCAUUGAACGCCAACGUCUUCUUUCCCCUGGCUCCGAGCGAAAGAUUUCUCAAGUCCGCCGAUGGAACAAGCCGACCAUCGAGGAUCAGGCUCUGACCCAGCUCAUCGAGGAUACCGAGCGUGUCAUGCGCCAGAAGAUCGACAAUGCCGUGCGCAUGCAGAACACUAUCCGCUACGAGGAGAAGAUUAGGCAGGAGUGGGAAGAGAAGGUCGAGCAGGCUCUUGCGGGCGCUCAGGAGGAAGAGUCGAGCGGGUCGUCUGAGGAGGAAGCUGACACGGAGGAGAACGAGACGGAGUUUGCGCAACAUCAUCGAUUAUCUUCACUUCCUGAGGCCGAGGACGACCACUCAAGCACCAUCUCUGAGUACGCGUUCGGAAUGCAGAACCAGUCUUCAGAUCCGACACCUCAUGCUUUUGCCUCGCCAAACCAUUAUGUUGGCGUCCCUUUCGAGCGAUCAGACAGUGUGGCUAGCUCUAUAUCCUCUAUCCCGAUGCCCGUUCCUCAAUAUCAAUGGCCAUCUAGUAGUCAUCACACACGGUCUUCUACGCCCUCGUCAAUAUCCUCUCCUCUUGCUCUAGCGCAGCCCAUCAUUGCUUCUACCUGUCCCGACGACAAUCCUCCUCCGAUGGAUCUGAACGAAGGUCAUGCUCUACCAGGUCUCAGUCAACCCAUUCCUGUGCCCGCAUCCACGUUCUUUUCGAGCCGUCCACGUCGAUCUCCUCAGAGUUUGGAACCUAAGUUAUUGAUUACGCCCCCAAUGUCUCCAAUGGUCUCGUUCCAGGACCAGCAGGCGACUGCUCGUAGGAUACAUCGGCGACACUCCACCGCGCAGCCCUUGAUCAGCCCGACGGCCUCCGUCUCCACCGUGCCCCUCUCGCCGCGAAUACCAUCCGUUACUCCUGCGUCCCGUUCGACCCCGACGUCAAUUAAGGAUUUCGAGAUCAUCAAGCCUAUCAGCAAAGGCGCCUUCGGCUCCGUCUUUCUCGCAAAAAAGAAAGUUACAGGUGACUAUUUUGCUAUCAAGGUCCUCAAGAAGGCAGAUAUGAUCGCGAAGAACCAGAUCACGAAUGUCAAGGCCGAGCGCAUGAUCCUCAUGAAGCAGUCUGAGUCUCCAUUCGUUGCGAAACUGUACUUUACCUUCCAAAGCAAGGAGAACCUUUAUCUCGUCAUGGAAUACCUUAAUGGUGGCGACUGUGCCGCACUAAUCAAGUCUCUUGGAAAUUUACCAGAAGAGUGGACUAGGAAUUACAUCGCCGAAGUCGUCUUGGGUUUGGAAUCUCUUCAUCAACGGGGUAUCGUACAUCGUGAUCUUAAGCCUGAUAAUCUCCUAAUCGACCAACAUGGACACCUCAAGCUGACGGACUUUGGACUGAGUCGGAUAGGUCUCUUGGGCCGACAGACUCGUGACGGCCAGCUCUCAUUUGAGCGGGGCCCACGUAUUCGUACUCGGCACAACUCCCGUCCACCAUCCAUCGAUUCGUACAUGUCUUCGCCUUUGCUUGCGACAGACUUGCACGGUUCGUACUUCAGUCAGCGCGCCCAGUCGAAUCCGCGCCCAGGAUCUUCGCCUUAUCUACCACUUACAGAUGAUGUUAGUGAGUCCAGCGGCUCGGAGUCGCUCUACAACAUCUUCCCGCGGAGAAACGGAAACGGAAGCCGGCAGGCGAACGAUAGCCCUCUGCAGUCGUUCGCGACAGAACUUACCACCGACUUGCGGUCACAUCACACACUCACCCCUGGUGGAACUCCCCCCGGCGAACAGAAGGUCGUGGGAACACCGGAUUACCUCGCGCCUGAGACCAUCCUGGGGUUGCGCGGCGACGAUGCUGCCGUCGACUGGUGGGCACUAGGGGUUAUAACGUACGAGUUCUUGUAUGGCAUCCCUCCCUUCCAUGACGAGACCCCGGAGAAGGUGUUCGAAAAUAUCCUUUCAGGGCACGUCGAGUGGCAUGAAGACUACAUCGAUAUUUCUGAUGAGGCUAAGGACUUCUUACAGCGCCUCCUGACGUUGGAUCCGAAUCAGAGGCUGGGAGUGAAUGGGGCAGAAGAAGUCAAGGCACAUCCAUUUUUCGCGGGGAUUGACUGGGAUGCCGUCACGACUACUGAGGCUGCCUUCAUCCCUCAGGUCACUGAUCCAGAGUCUACCGAUUAUUUUGACCCUCGCGGUGCGGUUCUGCAGCACUUCAACGAGGACGAACAGGCGCUGGCCACUGCUGCUUUUUCGGACAGCCCCCAGACAGGGUCAGAGGUGCUGCUCCCUGCGGCGCAGAGUGCCCCAGUGCCUAUUGUCAACCGAGAGGCCACUUCGACGCCCAGCGACGACGACUUUGGCUCGUUCAGCUUCAAGAACUUGCCGGUUCUGAAGCAGGCGAACGAUGAUGUCAUCCGCAAGCUGCGCACGGACCAGCUUCAACCCCUCACUCAUACUCUCUCUGAGCCCUCGCCACUGCACACCCGGCGAAAGAGCGUGUCGAGCCGGAUAAAGAAGCCGGCGAGCGUAGUCACCGCGGUCGAGAAUCCGCCGAAGCCAUCGACGACGAGCCCGCCAUCCCCAGCCACCUCGACAUCGUCAAUUGCGUCUUCGCCGUCGAGAGGUCCGCCAACGCCAGGCAGUACCGGUAGUCAUGCGCGCAAGCCAAGCGAUAUUGGAGCUGUGGAGCGAUUCAAGCUGAACCACCUCGAGGGUGACAUCCACCGACGGAACUCGAUGCCGAGUCGACUCAGGACUGCAUCCGUGUCGACCAGUGGAGACGGCUCGCAGUCGGAUGCGUGGUCCGCACCAGCCUCGCAAGAGACAGGGAAAUGGGAGAUACAUACCUCGCCAUCAUCGGUAGCGUCCGUAGACCUGAAGAGGAUGCCGGAUCCACAAGACAGAGCGGUGACAUGCUUGCUGGCGGAGGAUAACCCGAUCACUGCCAAGAUCAUUGAGACGUUGCUCAUUCGUCUUGGUUGUCGAUGUGUUGUUGUUGCCGAUGGUUCAGAAGCUAUCAGCGUUGCAAUGGGCGACAUCAAGUUCGAUUGCAUCCUGAUGGACCUGCAUAUGCCGAUCCUCGACGGCGAGGGAGCUACGCGGUAUAUAAAAACUACCAACAACAAGAACGCAAGCACGCCUAUCAUUGCGGUCAGUGCAUAUGGGGGCUCCGAGCCGCCGACAGAGCAGAACAACUUGUUUGCGGCAUACUUGCAGAAGCCUGUGCAAAAGGCGGACUUACUGGCGGUAAUGCGCCAACUGGGUUUCAAGACGUCGACUGCCCCCAGUCGUGGACCUGUGACAUCAAGGGUGACCACUGGACCUGUUACCGCGUCGCCCGCCCCGGUCACCGCUGCGCCCGUUUCUGUUGCCCCGAGUCCGGUUCAGCCCAGUGCCACGGUGGCAUCACGAUAGCAUGCGAUCCACGCACAACGUUACCCCGGCAACUCCGUGUUCCUGUUGUUGAUCACUCAUUUGGUUUGCAUCACGUCCGGUCUUCUUUUUCACAUUCAUGGCCUUAUUCGCUCACGUCUCGUCUGCACAAGUCAUAUACAUCAUCAUCAUGCAUUAUUCUGUUUACCAUCGCAUAUUUCACAUCUCCAUCCAUAUUUGCUCUGCAAUCCAAGUUGUUCGCAUUCGUUGUAAAGCUAGAGGUAUUCGCCUGUGCCAUGCAAUUUCCAGCUGGGAAAGCUGUUCUCCUAUGAAACGAACCGUGCCUCCAGCUGCUGGAUUGCCGCGGGCUGU